AUGGGUUGUUUCGGAAGAAGUAAGAAAUCGAGCAAACGAUCGGAGACUAACAAAGAGAAAAACAAGGAUACUGUGAAAAUUAGGAAAACCGUCGGUGGUGGUGGUACAAGCGUCGUUAAGCGAGACGAUCAGACUCAACCCACUUCAGAUUCGACAAAAGUCAGUCCAUAUAGAGAUGUAAAAACUGAAGGAGUUGGUAAGGAGGAUCAGUUAGCUCUUGACGUGAAGGGUUUGAAUUUGAAUGACCAAGCUACAGGGAAGAAAGCACAGACUUUUACCUUUCAAGAACUGUCACUUGCCACAGGGAACUUUAGAUCGGAUUGUUUCCUUGGUGAAGGAGGUUUUGGAAAAGUUUUCAAGGGGACUAUAGAGAAACCUGAUCAGGUUGUUGCAAUCAAGCAACUUGACCGGAAUGGGGCUCAAGGAAUCAGGGAAUUUGUGGUUGAGGUGUUGACACUAAGUCUUGCUGACCAUCCGAAUCUCGUUAAGCUUAUCGGGUUUUGUGCUGAGGGUGAUCAGAGACUAUUGGUCUACGAGUAUAUGCCGCUAGGAUCUCUCGAAGAUCAUCUUCAUGACCUCUCUUCUGGUAAAAAGCCACUUGAUUGGAACACCCGGAUGAAAAUAGCAGCUGGUGCAGCAAGAGGUCUGGAGUAUCUGCAUGAUAGAAUGAAGCCCCCUGUGAUCUACCGAGAUCUUAAAUGUUCGAAUAUCUUGCUUGGUGAAGACUAUCAGCCAAAACUAUCCGACUUUGGGUUGGCUAAAGUUGGACCAAGUGGGGAUAAAACCCAUGUCUCCACAAGGGUUAUGGGAACAUACGGAUACUGUGCUCCCGACUAUGCUAUGACGGGUCAGCUCACAUUUAAAUCCGAUAUAUACAGUUUCGGAGUUGUCCUUCUCGAGCUUAUCACUGGAAGGAAAGCAAUUGAUAAUACAAGAGCGCGUAAAGAUCAGAAUCUGGUUGGAUGGGCACGACCGUUGUUCAAAGACAGGAGGAACUUUCCGAAAAUGGUUGACCCGUUGCUUCAGGGACAAUACCCGGUCAGAGGACUGUACCAAGCACUUGCGAUUUCAGCAAUGUGCGUUCAAGAGCAGCCGGGCAUGAGACCCGUUGUAGGCGAUGUAGUAUUGGCUCUCAACUUCUUAGCGUCUUCGAAAUAUGAUCCGAAUAGCCCUAGCAGCAGCAGAAGAAGGAACCCUUCUUUUCACAAAGAUAGAGAUGAUGAAGAGAAAAGACCGGACCUAGUCAAGGAAACCGAAGCUGAAGGGAGGAUGAUAAACACUCGGCGAGGGAUUUUUCCGGCAUCGGAGUAUUGGAUCCACGCAAUUCCGGUGAUCGUCUUUCUCUGUUUCUUCACCCUCUGGUGUUUCUCCCACUCAGUGAGCGUUGACAUGAGCGACGGAGAGAUAAUGUCUGUACAUCGUCUUGAGAAAUCAAUGGCAUUGAGAAACGAAUCUCAUGUCAGUUUGGCAGUUCUUGCUUCCUCUGCACUUUCACCAGUCUCUGCCAAUCAGAAUUUGACAGCUCAUCACAAGAUUCACAACGCAACUCAAUCGCUCAAUGAAACCCAAUCGGAGAUUAAACCGAAGCAGCCACUCUCCGGCUAA